AUGGAUGAAACAAAUAAGGAACAAAUGAAAAAUAUUCAAACGGCAGUUGAAAAUUUACAAAUUUGUGAUCAUAACGGAACACUAUCUCAAUUAACUGAUGUGUAUGGUUUUAUAAAAUUUAGUGGAGAGAAAUUUGGUACUACUACACGUCUUUCACAAUACAUACGAUUAAGUGUUGCAACAACAGCUGAAACAAUUGUGAAAUUUAUGUACAAUGGAUGGAAUUUACCAGAACCAGACAUAAUUAUAUCUAUAACUGGUGGAGCAAAGAAUGAUGGUAUGUCAAAACAAGUUGGAAAAAUUUUUCAAAUGGGUCUAGUUUCUGCUGCUAGUAGAGCAAAUGCAUGGUUGAUUACAUCUGGAACAAAUGCUGGUGUUGUUGAAAAAGUUGGUGAAGCUAUUAAUUAUUGUCGUUAUAAUAAUCGAAAAAAUGCACUUGAUAUUCCGUGUAUUGGUAUUGCUAGUUGGGGUUAUAUAGCAGAAAAUGAACAACUUGAUAAUAAACGGACACGUUCUCUUAUAAAUGUAACGAAUACAAGAUCAAUACGUUCAUUUUCGAAACGUUUUCAACAUCAAGCAGUAGAGUAUAUUUCGAUGGAUAACGAUAAUCGAAAUUAUAUUCGAGAUUAUAAUGUUAAAAGUAACAAACCAGGAGAAUGUUAUUUAGAACCAAAUCAUACACAUUUUUUAUUAAUUGAUGAUGGACAAAAAACUGCUGAUACAGUUCUCCGAUUGCGAGCUGAAAUUGAAAAACAUUCUCGAAUUACUAAUCUGUCCAAUACAGCAAACAAUGCAGUAAAAUCACUCAUACCUAUUGUCAUGGUUUUAGUUGAAGGUGGUAUAUCAGCGAUUCAAACAAUAUGUGAAGCACUUAAGUGCGAUACUCCAGUUGUAGUUAUUAAAAAUUCAGGUCGUGCUGCUGAUCUUGUUGCUGAAUUACAUGCUUGUCUUUCUGAUGGUGAAAUAGAUAAGGACCGUGUUAGUAGUGCGCAUUCUACAAGAUCACAAACUAGCAUUCCUGAAAAUUUACAAGAAAAGAUGGAUAAAAUUUUGCAUGAAGAACGAAUUGAAGGACUUCAUAAAGUUAGAAAGGAUUUACGUGACACAUUGUAUAAGUACAAACAUCUUGUAACAAUUUUUGACUUUGAUAGUAAAAGACAUCGUGGCAAUUUUGAAGAUGUCUUUUUAGAAUCUUUAUUGAAAGCUCGAAGAAAUUUAGGUACUUCAAAUGAACAACAUAGUCUAGCAAGAGAACUUAUAUUAGCUAUAGUAUGGCAUAAAUUUAAUUAUGCUGACAAAUAUCAUCUUACUGAGUCGACAAUAUCGAAAUGGGCAUCAAAAGAAGAUGAUCGUCGUCGUGCUCUUGUUGAAGCGCUUUAUCAUGGUCAAACUGAUUGGGUUAAAUUACUUAUUGAAUUGGGUAUAUCACUUGAAAAUUUGACAAAAGCAGAUCUUGAAAGACUUUAUAAAAAAUCGACUAGUAAUCAAUUAUCAAUCGAAAAUGAAGAAACAAAUAUUAAAUCCAUAAAAUUUCGAUAUUACUCAGACUAUUUUCAUUGGAAUGAUGGUAAUAUGAACAACCUCACUGAUUCAAAACAAUUAAACGAUUCUACCCGACUAGGUGAAAGUGCUCCAUUAGAUUUAUUUUUAUGGGCUGUCUUUUUUGAUCGAUUUGAACUUGCAAUAUAUCUGUGUUCCAAAAUUUGGAAUAUACCACUAGCGCUAUUAUUUGGUGCAUAUAUCUAUCGACGCACAGCAAAAAUAAGAAAACCAAAGGAUACAGAUAUACAAAAACAAUACAAUAAACAUGCCGAUCAAUUUGAUACUGGUGCUGCAUCAAUUAUUAAGCUUUGUUUUGAUGAUGAUGAACAAUUCGCUCUUGAUCUUUUACAACGUUCUGAUAUUGCAUUUAAAAAUCUUACUCUAUUAGAAUUAGCUAAAGAUGCUGAAUGCAAAUCAUUUCUUGCAUCAAAAUGUGUUCAAAGACAUCUUGACGAUACAUGGUAUGGAUAUAUCAAUCAUAAACGAGAAGCUAUUAAUUUUAAAAUUACUUUAAAUAUUCAAAAUGGUUCAAAAAUCAAUCAAUCGACUACGAUGCAUAAUUCUCUUGAAUUUGUUCAACACGAAAGAAAAACUAAUAUUUCAUGGUUAGAUAAAAUAAACUAUUUUUAUAAAGCACCUAUUGUACGAUUUUAUUAUUAUACGAUAUUUUUUAUUAUAUUUUUGGGUUUAUUCAGUUUUGUUAUUCUUGUUGAUUAUUUUCCAUUAAAUAUCUAUAAUGAAAAUCGAUCAGGUUAUAAAAAUUUACUAAUACCAAUAACUGAAAUAAUUCUUCAUGUAUGUAUAUGGAGUUUAAUUGUCGAAGAAAUUUAUCAAGUAAUAUUAAUUUAUAUUUUAUAUUAA